UGAACUUGACGGAAAGAUGGCCACCUCCAUAAGGACACUUGUCCUCAGAGUUCUCGGUGAUUCCACGCGAAAUAUUCAUCAUGUUUUAGGGAGUCGAGUCAAACAUUCAUUCUGUAAUGCGGGGAUCACAGUAUGUCGCGGCUACAGUGAUGGCAAAAGUACACACUUUGGUUUCGAAACAGUGCCAGAGGAGGACAAAGCAGAGAGAGUGUAUAAGGUAUUUGAAAGUGUGGCCAAGAAGUAUGACGUGAUGAAUGAUGCCAUGAGUUUGGGAAUACACCGCCUCUGGAAAGACACGCUUCUGCACAUAAUGAAUCCUCAGCCUGGACUGCGGUUAUUGGACACAGCUGGUGGCACUGGUGACAUCUCUUUCCGCUUCCUGGAGUACACACGCUCGAUGUAUGAUCGUCAGCAGAGGCAGAGAGCGCGGUCCAAUCAAUCGCCAUCAUGGCAGGACCUUGCCGGUCAUUAUAAGACAGAUGAGGCAGCGCCUCCGCAGUCCCGGGCGGUGGUGUGUGACAUCAACAAAGAGAUGCUUAAAGUCGGUAAACAGAGGGCAGAGAAAGCAGGAAUCGUCACAGGCCUCUCAUGGGUCGUGGGUGAUGCAGAGGAGCUCCCGUUCAAUGACGAUCAGUUCGACUUAUACACUAUUGCAUUUGGCAUCAGAAAUGUCACUCACAUAGAGCAAGCUCUAGAAGAGGCUUUCCGAGUCCUUAAACCAGGUGGAAGAUUCUUGUGUUUAGAAUUCAGCAAAGUGUCGAACCCUCUGCUUGCAAGGCUGUAUGACACGUAUAGUUUUCAGAUGAUCCCUGUGUUGGGUGAAGUGAUCGCCGGAGACUGGAAAUCAUACCAGUAUCUGGUGGAGAGCAUCCGGAAAUUCCCUGACCAGGAAACAUUCAAAGAAAUGAUUGAGGGUGCCGGCUUCUUCUGUGUCCAGUAUUUCAACCUGACAGGGGGAAUUGUUGCCAUUCAUUCAGGGUUCAAGCUCUGAGUGUUUGUCUCCCCUUUGCGGUCAGCACACUUUUGCCUACAAAUGAACUUAAAAGAGAGAGUGCUGUCCUACAAACAAUGGUGAGGAAUUAAAAUGAGAACACUGAGUGUGUAAAGAAACUGAAAAUUCCUUUUGCACAUUCUUCAUGUAUUUAUUGUCUGUUGCUACUUGGAAACACUUUUCAAUCGCUUAGGUUAAAAAGGGAGAUCUUAAAGCGUUGUGGGUUUGAAGAGAUUUGACCCGCUAAAACAGCUUCUUUUUGAAUGAAUUCUGACAUGUGAUGUUUUUAGAGAAUAUGGACAAUGUGUUUGAUUAUUGGCCAUGGGAAAGCACACAUUGACCUAAUAAACUGAAAUAAAAAUAUUUAAAUCAUA